GAAUUCUAGGAAACACCAAAACAGAGUACAAAGUCACUCUGCCUACAAGACAAAGCUGGAUGAUAAAUAGCCCAUAAAAGCCUCCACGUCAAAUAUACUCUGCAUGCUCUUUAUUAGGAAAGACCAGUCGUGUAUAUUCUGUUUUGGUGUUGCUAGAAUUCUGGUGGUCCAAAUAUACAUAUAGGAUUGUUGGGGUUGGGGAAGGGUUUUCAUGGAGUACUGCUCGCAUCUCUUUGUGUCUCCAAGAAUGGAGGUUCUCUGCUUCACUUCUUCACCUGGUUUUCCUUUAUCUCGCAGCAAACCCCACCACUCUCCCUUCCCACCCAUGAUCAGAACGUUAACCCUAAACAAAUACCACAAAACCCGACCCUCCAAUGUUGUUACUGCAACGUUGACAAACCCUGCGCUGCAGAACUCCCACAAGCCCUUAGGGCUCACUCCUCUAAUCAGUACUACGCCACCUGAGACCUCAGAUCAUAUGCCACCCCAGUUAAUGAAAGUCUCGGCUGAGUCUUUAGUGUAUGAGAGUGGCUUUCUUGGUGUUGCGCCUGAAAAGUUGGCGGCGGCCGCCGGAGAUGGCGGGUAUGGGUUCCAGCAUGCCAUCGGUUACUUGCCCAAGAUAUUGUCGUCUAAGGUUUAUGAUGUUGCGGUCGAGACACCAAUGGAAUAUGCUUCAAAGCUCUCUGAGAGGCUUGGUGUCCAUAUUUGGCUCAAGAGAGAGGAUCUUCAACCUGGAGUGUUCUCCUUCAAGCUGAGGGGAGCUUAUAACAUGAUGGCCAAGCUUUCAAGGGAACAGUUGGAUAGGGGAGUCAUUUGUUCAUCAGCAGGGAACCAUGCCCAAGGUGUUGCGUUAUCUGCACAAAAGUUGGGUUGUGAUGCUGUAGUUGCGAUGCCCGUUACAACUUCUGAAAUCAAACUGAAGACGGUGGAGAGGUUAGGUGCUAAAGCUGUACUUGUUGGCGACUGCUAUGCUGACGCACAACAAUAUGCAAAACAGCGGGCCAAAGAAGAAGGCCGAACAUUUGUACCUGGUUUUGAUCACCCGGAUGUCAUAGCGGGGCAAGGGACUGUAGGAAUGGAGAUCGUGCGUCAAAUGCCAACUCCAUUACAUGCAGUCUUUGUGCCUGUUGGAGGUGGUGGGCUGAUAGCUGGAAUUGCUGCCUAUGUGAAGACAGUUUGCCCUGAGGUCAAGAUUAUUGGGGUGGAGCCAUAUGAUGCAAAUUCAAUGGCACUGUCACUUUUCCAUGGGCAGCGAAUUAUGCUUGAUAAUAUAGGAGGAUUUGCAGAUGGAGUUGCUAUGGAAGUGGUUGGGGAAGAAACUUUCAAGUUGUGCAGAGAACUCAUGGAUGGAGUAGUUCUUGUAAACCAGGAUGCUAUCUGUGCAACAAUAAAGGACAUGUUUGAGGAAAAAAGAAGCAUACUUGAACCAGCAGGAGCCCUUGCCAUUGCUGGUGCAGAAGCAUAUUGCAAAUAUUAUGGCCUGAAGGGUGAAAAUGUUGUAGCAAUAACCAGUGGAGCAAACAUGACCUUUAAUAGACUAAGUUUGGUAUCCCAACAUGCUGAUGUUGGUAGGCGGCAAGAGUCUGUCCCUGCUACAUAUGUUCCAGAGAAGUGGGGAAAGUUCAAACAGUUCUGUGAACCGGCAGGUGAUGGAUCAAGCAUUGAAAAUGAGAUUCUCUGUCGGUUUUUCAUCCCUGAGAGACCAGGUGCUCUAAUGAAAUUACUGGAUGCCUUUAGUGGCCGUUGGAAUAUCAGCAUGUUGAAUUACCAAAGACAGGGCCAGAUUGGUGGAGAUUUGUUGGUUGGUCUCAAAAUUUUAAGCUCUGAGAUGGAUGAAUUCAAAGCUUUGGCUAACAGUCUAGGAUCUGAUUAUGCAUUUGAAAUAAGCGAUGAAACUUUACCUCUACUGUUGAAUCAGUAGAUAUUGCACAUUUACUUAAAAGAGUGCUGCUGCAUGCAUGUUUCAUGAAGAAAUCGAUCUGAACUGUUAUACAAAGGGAAAUUAGGAACCAAGGAAUGUCAUUACUAUCGUAAAAAAUCUGUGA